UUAGCUUACAUAUCUUUGCUUUCAGUGGACUCAUUUCCAUAAAACCUCAUGUGAGGGGGGGAAAAAACCUGUUUGCCUUUAACCCAGGCGCUGCUGGGUUUUUUUGCUGCAACAGCUACUAAUUUGGAUUUAUUUAUAUAGAAACUUUUUGUGCGGAGGGGAAAGUUCCACACAGGCUUCUAGUUUUCUCCAACCCCUGCCCUCAUACAGGGACGAAAAGGAAUAACCGUAAAGACUUGAAGGAAAACACCUGCUUCUUGUAUUAGGAACCUCAGUGACAUGGGCCCUCUAUUGUGAGCUCAUUGCUUCCCCAGCAACGGGAAGCGCUUUGACUGAUGCACAAUCCCGACUAGAGAACUGCGCUUACUUCCGGGGAAAGUAGACUUCCUUCUUCCGGUUCUGCAGAAAUAGGACAUAAGCCGAGACUUUUCCUGGAUUGUCUUCCUGAGUCGACAUGACACGCCAUGGCAAGAACUGCACCGCAGGGGCUGUCUACACCUACCACGAGAAGAAAAAAGACACAGCUGCCUCCGGCUAUGGGACCCAGAACGUCCGUCUCAGCAAGGAUGCCAUCAAGGACUUUGACUGCUGCUGCCUCUCCCUGCAGCCCUGCAAGGAUCCCGUUGUGACCCCUGAUGGAUAUCUAUAUGAGAAGGAAGCCAUCCUGGAGUAUAUCCUGCACCAGAAAAAAGAGAUUGCCCGGCAAAUGAAGGCUUAUGAAAAGCAGAAAAAUGAGAAGAAGGCAGAGAUUGCAGAGCUGAGCAAGGCUGCCAAAGAGUCCAAGGUGAAGAGCUUUCUGGACAAAGAGAUGAGCAUUGUGAGCAAGCCCCUCAACCCCUUUGAUUGCAAGGAAGGGGACUCCCAGCCUGGGCCCAGCAAUGAAGAGAAAGCCAAGCAGUUGCCCAGUUUUUGGAUCCCUUCGUUGACCCCGGAAGCCAAGAGCAAAGUGAUUCAGAAGCCAGACAAGUGUGUUUAUUGUCCCAUGAGCGGGAGAUCCCUGAAGCUGAAGGAUCUGAUCCCAGUGCACUUCACCCCUGUAGACUCCAGCGUGGACCGAGUCGGGCUGAUCAACCGGCAGGACCGCUAUGUGUGCGCUGUCACGCGAGACAUGCUUGGCAACUCGGUCCCUUGCGCCGUGCUCCGCCCUUCGGGCUCUGUGGUGACUCUGGAAUGCGUGGAGAAACUCAUCAAGAAGGACAUGGUGGAUCCAGUGAAUGGAGAGAAACUGACAGACAAAGACAUCAUCAUCCUACAGCGGGGUGGCACUGGCUUUGCAGGGUCCGGUAUAGAGCUGGAGGCCAAGAAGUCCCGCCCUGUUAUGCAAGCUUAAUAUGCCAAAGAGGCAUGGCACAGCUGCUCCACUGCUCUGGGUUCCCUGCCAGAAGAAUAUUGCAUGUUGUGAAGCAACGUCGACAGCUUUCUGUACUUUUGUAAAUAAAGUUGUGGGGUUUUCAUGUA